CUUAUAAUAAUAAUAAUGACAAAGAACUCAUCCAAAUUAUAUAUUUGGUGUGACCAAAAAACAUAAACAAGCUCUUAAAACUGUUUUUUGUUUUCAGAAAGAAAUAUAUGGCAAAUAUUUCUACUUGCUCCCUUCUCGUUGCUGCUGUUUUUCUAGUUGGAAUGAUGAUCCCAUCAGAAAUAUUAGGAGAAACAUGCUACCAAAUACACCCAGAAAUAUUGUGUGAUGAAGGCAAAGUUGAACCGGAAUGUUUACCUUUCUGCAAUAACAAAUUUGGACCCUCUGCUGGUGGCCAAUGCAUUGAGCAAAUUGGCUUUAAUGGCCCUUUUUGUGCAUGUGAAUAUCCUUGCUAAUCGAUCUCUUUACUUUCAAAUUUAUCAAUAAAGUGCAGUUACAAUAUUACUUAUGUAGUUUUUGUUAUAAAUUAGAUGAUGUUAAGUUU